AUGAAGAAUGAAGUUGGAGAGGAAGAACCCAGCAAGCACAACAGAGAAAGUUGGAAUGUGAUGUUGUCCAAGCCACGGGUCCAGGAGAGCAGCUGCAUAGUGAUGGAUGAUUCACGGGAAGAGAAUGGAAUAGUGAAAGGAGCCCACAUGAAAGGAAUUUAUGUGAUUUUUGCUGGAAAAGAAGAUGAAGAAAAGUUGGCAAAAGGAAAGGCUCACGGUCGUAUCACCAUCAAGCAGAUACCGAAGUAUGCCAAAUUCUUGAAGGAGCUGUGCACACACAAGAGGAAGAUGAAAGGCAAUGAGAGGAUUAGCAUGAGAAGGAAUGUAUCUCCACUUAUUGGUAAGUCGGUUCCGCAUAUUCCUGAAAAGUGCAAGGACCCAGGUCCUUUGCAAACCACGGGUGUGGUCAUUCAGUUGGCCAAUAGGAGUGUUACCCACCCAACAGGUUUCACAAAGGAUGUCUUGGUUAGGGUUGGUGAAUUGAUUUUUCCUGCUAACUUUUAUGUUUUGGAAAUGGAGGAGGGAUUCUCUCAUGGAUCCGCUCCCAUUAUAUUAGGCAGACCAUUCUUGAAAACUGCCCGAACUAAGAUUGAUGUGUAUGCUGGAACUUUGUCUAUGGUAUUUGCUGAUAUUGUUGUUCAUUUUAAUAUCCUUGAUGCAAUGAAAUUUCCAACUGAGGACCAUUCUCUGUUUAAGAUAGAUGGAUUGGAUGACAUUAUUGAUGAAUUUGUUGUUGAUGACUUUCAUUCUGAUAUUGAUGUUAUGCAUGAUAUUGAUGAUGUUAUUGACAUAUCUGAGAUGGACAUUGAUUUGGAUUGUGAUGAGAUGAGUAUUCUGCCUUUACCUGUACACUCUUUAGAGUCAGAAUGCAUUAACCACGUUGCAGGAAGUACACUUGAAUCUGACUUACAGGAACCCACUCUUGAGCUGAAACAGCUCCCAGAUAACCUCAAGUACGUAUACUUGGAGGACGAUGAGAAGAAACCGGUGAUAAUUUCUACUUCCCUUGAUUCUGUUCAAGAGGAGAAGUUGCUUGGUGUGCUGAGGAAGCACAAGAAGGCCAUUGGUUGGAGUUUGGCUGACAUACCUG